UAUCAUAUUAAAAAUUUAUUCCUUUAUCAGAAUGAAACAAACAAAGCUAAAUGCCACAUUUUCGUAAAUUCAUUAGAAAGUCUGAUAAAGAAAUGUGCAUGCAUAUUUUCUGUGGUUUAUAUACUCAGAAAAAACAGAUGCUCUGUGGUUUAUAAACCAGUUUCUCACUGGUUUCUGUAAAUACACAUUUUAAUGUGUAGGAAUGGAAUGAGGAAGGAGACAGGGCUAGAAGACAAAACUUUCUGACAGACUCAGGUAAAUGAGAUACAUUUUUACAUUGAUAAUAAGUCCCACAGAGAAUAUGUGACAGUUGCUUGAUCUGCAAGACUAAUUUGUCCUUGGUUCAGAUAAUGGGAGGUUUAGUUAUUUGUGAGUGCAAAUCUGUAAGACAAUCUAGAUGCUUAUUGCUUCUCUAUUUUUCUGUUAAGAAUCUGUACAGCUGUCUAUUAAAUUUAUUCUGAAUUACAUGAAUGUGGAAAAAUAUAUAUCUAAAAUGCAUUCUAAUGCACAUCUCUAUAUAAAACAAUUGUACAAAGGCUACAAAGUGCUAAUGGUGACUGAAUAUAUUAUGUAUGUAUAAUGGAUAAUUACUGAUAAAAAAGAUAUGCUCUCUCACUACUAACACUGGCAGUCUUUGUACAGUUACUUAAUUGUAAAUAUUUAGAGAUUUGAUCUGAACAGAUAUGUAUCUAAUAGAUGGACUAUCUGUCAGAAAAUGGCAUUCUUGGGAGCUGCAUCAUUUUAUAUAGAACACUUCUUUAUCCUUUUCUCAUCUAUAAUUGUGCUGGCUAUGCUAAGCCUCAUGAAAAUAAGAACAGUGAAAGAAUCCAAUAAGGACAAAUGUUCAGUUUCAUAAAUUAUCAGUUGUUUUCUUUUUUCGUUUGUUUGUUUUUCUUUUUAUAAAAUUCAUGACAGUUCCCCAAAACCCUAUAUCAGAAAUGCUCCACAGGAGUCCUGAAAAAAUGUCUGACACAUAAAAGAAAUACAGAAGGAUGUCAGAAAUACGUGCACUGAUGAGGAAGAGGACAGCUGUAGAUAGGGCAUGUAUAUGUCCAAGAAGGCAUUUAAGUAUCAUUUUGACCCCCGUGAGAGUCCACGUGCUACAUACCUACUAUGUGUAAUCCAGUGGGGUUGUAAUGGCCUGCCUUGGAUACACUGGGUCAAAAAUGGGCGUUCUCAUGCUGAAAGGUACUUCCUGCAGAAAGUCUUUAAGAUGAGAAGAUCCAAUAAUAAUAUCAACUGUUCCAUCACCUUGUACUUGUCCUGGAGUCCCUGUAGAAAUUGCUGCUAUGAAAUGCAGUAUUUCUUAAAAAAGCACCCAAAUGUGAAUAUAUGCAUAUACUUAGCACGGCUUUAUUACACGGAAGAUGAAGAGAUCUGUAAAGCUCUGAAGGACCUUUCUGAGAAGAAAGUCAUCAUUUCUGUCAUGAAAAUUGAAGACUAUAUUUACUGUUGGAAAACGUUUGUCAGUGGAAAUGCUGCUGCUGGUUCCUGGUUUAAGGACUUUGAAUCGCAGAUAAAUAAGAAUCAUUUCCAGCUCAAGCGCAUCCUUGAGGUUUCACCAUUAUAGUAAGAGAUUUCACCCACAAAUAUGGCCAGCCACCAGCUUUCCGCUUGUAUGUAGAAGAGACCAAUCAUAAAAUGUUGCUAAUAUUCCCCAGUUUCUAAAAGCUGCCAAUAUCCUGGACAGACAGCUUGUCAAUGGAAGUCUUGAGUAUACUGGACCAUGCUAAAAAUCCCUGAUGAGAAACCCCUGGAUGUGGAAAUGGAGGCAGGUUGCAGCCAGAAUGGGGAACUGUUCCAGGCCUGCUAUUCUGCUAACAUUUUUCUUCCUCUGAUGUGGGCUACUGCUGCAAGGACUGAUGGGAAAAGGGUACUGAAAGAGUAGAGCUAAAUUAGCACCAGAACAAGUGAUUGAUUCACUGUACCUUAGUUCCUCUGAGCCAUUUCUUUGUAAACAGGAUAUUUCCUUGCCUCUUGUAAAUGAAUCUCUUCUGGGUGUAGGAUGGAUGCCUCAGGGUAUCAAAAGGGACAUCUCUGGAGACUUGCUGUCCUCUGCGCUAGCCUCGUCUCCUACCUAAAUCUACAAAGGAGCAAAAAGGAACCAAAUAUCACAAGAAAUGCCCCAGCAGGGCAGAGAGAAUAGUCCAGACACUUAUCCAGCAGUGGCAUGAGAUGAUGCUGUUUAGGGAGAGCAGGCAAGCUUGGCCACUAUCUAUAGUUCAUUCUGAUCCAUUCACACUACCUCAAUAUCCACAGUGAUUAGAGUAGGGAGGUUAGGGGGUACAGCUGGGCAUCUUCCCUUUAGUGUCUGCUUAUGGACCUGUUACCAUUAAUUUCUUAGAUCUCUUUUGAUCCUGUCCUGUCAUCUGCAUCCACAGCUUACUGGGGCAGCAGAUUCCAGAAGUUCACAGCUUGUUGUGUAAAGAGGUACUUUUCUCUGUUUUAAACUGAUCUACUAAUAACAACAAAUGCCAGUUCUUGCUAUACUAAUGUCUCAUUGUUAAUCACUUAAACAUGUGCCUGCAUUUGAAGACUGUGCUAGCCUGGAGAACUUUCCGCUGGCUCAGUAGGAGCUACAACAUGUAACUAACAGCUCCACUUCAUCUUAAAAGAGCCACUCAAAAAUCCACAGAUGACCCAUUCAACAGAAGCAAAUCCCCCAUCUAUUAAGUAGGUUGACUGUGGAAAUGAAGCUUACAGAAUCCAUGGCCAUUGCAUUUCAGCAGCUCUAGUUGUCUAGUAAAAGAAAUAAGAAGGUAUUUUUAUCCACAAACCCCUCCUAGAACUAGAGUGCUAGAUAUGUCCACUGGAAACUCCUUGAAAAGCAAGGUUCCUUGGGUUUCACAAAGAACUGCAGAAAUUCAACUACAUCCUUUGCAAUAAUCAAGCUGGAUUGUUCACUCCUCUGUUGGGCAUGUACUGUCACUAUUGAGUGCAUUAGAACAGAACCUCUCUUUCCCCUAUCCCUGAUGUUAUGUUAUUUUUGCAAGACUAGAAGAAAUGCUCAUGGAUUUAUACCUAUUUUAGUCAUUAAACUCUAACUCUGUCA